AUGCCUCCGGUCUGCUUUCGUAGUGGCAAUGACGCGGUGUCAUCGAUGUCACGCCAUUCACAGAGAGGGCGGGGAGGGAGGGAUGAGGGGAGGGAUUGUUAUGGUGUUGCUUAUAGUCCGCAAAUUUCGUUGUCAACUUCUUCGGUGAAGGAAAUAGAAGUUCCAUCCUCUGCUCUAGAGAUUUCAAUGAUGCAACACGUGGGCAGUGCAGGGAACACAUCAAAUUCGCUCCGUCCUCGAAAAGAGAAGAAGUUGACUUAUGUGCUGAAUGGUGCAGAUGAUACUAAGCACUGUGCAGGCAUAAACUGCUUGUGUCUACUGAAGUCAUUGGGACAAGAUGAGUUUGAUUAUCUCUUCACUGGGAGCCGUGAUGGCACAUUAAAGAGAUGGGCAUUGGCUGAAGACGCUGCUGCAUGGUCAGCUACAUUUGAAUCGCAUGUGGAUUGGGUAAAUGAUGCUGUUCUUACAGGUAGUAACACAUUAGUUUCCUGUUCCUCAGAUACCACUGUUAAGGCAUGGAAUUUGUUGUCUGAUGGAACUUGUAUUAGGACCUUUCGUCAGCACUCUGACUAUGUCACUUGCCUUGCUGCAGCUGAAAAAAAUAGCAAUAUUGUUGCUUCUGGGGGUCUUGGUGGGGAGGUUUUCAUAUGGGAUCUUGAAGCUGCCCUUGCUCCUCUCUCCAAGUCAAAUCAUGCAGCUGAAGAUGAGUGUUCAAACAAUGCAAACAGUUUGGAAUCUUCUUUACCCAGUAACAGUCUUCGACCUAUCAACUUAAGUGAUAACAGUUCUCAGAAAGCUACCCAGUCUCAAGGAUAUGUUCCCAUUGCCGCAAAAGGUCAUAAAGAGUCAGUUUAUGCAUUGGCUGUAAAUGACCAGGGAACACUUCUUGUUUCUGGUGGAACUGAGAAGGUUGUGCGCGUCUGGGACCCAAGAACAGGUAUUAAGACGAUGAAGCUUAGAGGACACACUGAUAAUAUAAGAGCAUUGCUGUUGGAUUCAACUGGAAGAUUCUGCUUAUCUGGAUCUUCUGAUUCUAUGAUCAGGCUAUGGGAUCUUGGUCAGCAGCGAUGUGUGCAUUCUUAUGCUGUGCACACAGAUUCUAUCUGGGCACUUGCCAGUAAUCCAACGUUUAGCCAUGUUUAUAGUGGUGGAAGAGACCUUUCUUUAUAUUUGACAGACUUGUCAACAAGAGAAAGUGUUCUAAUUUGUACGGAGGAACAUCCUAUUUUGCAAUUGGGAUUGCAUGAUGAUGGUGUAUGGGUUGCCACAUCAGAUUCUUCUGUACAUAGAUGGCCAGCUGAACCACAUAAUCCCUUGAAAGUUUUCCAAAAAGGUGGUUCUUUCUUGGCUGGGAACUUGUCCUUUUCCAGGGCAAGGGUUUCGCUGGAGGGAUCUACACCUGUUCCUGUUUAUAGAGAACCAUCCGUAAGCAUUCCUGGAAUUCCUGGAAUAGUGCAGCAUGAGAUUUUAAACAAUAAAAGACAUGUCCUCACUAAGGACACUACCGGCUCAGUGAAGUUAUGGGAUAUUUCAAGGGGUGUGGUGAUUGAAAACUAUGGAGAGGUUUCAUUUGCGCAGAAAAAGGAAGAACUAUUUGAGAUGGUAAGCAUUCCUUCUUGGUACUCUGUGGAUAGUAGGCUUGGAAGUUUGUCAGUGCAUUUAGAAACGCCACAAUGCUUUUCUGCCGAAAUGUAUUCUGCUGAUCUCAACAUUGCUGGUAAACCUGAGGAUGACAAGGUUAAUUUGGCACGCGAAACCCUUAAAGGCCUGUUGGCCCAUUGGUUAACAAAAAGAAAGCGAAGAUUAGGAUCUCAAGCUUCACCAAAUGGAGGAAUUCCAUCUGGGAAGGAUAUGUCUACAAGGACUACAUGCUUAUCUAGAGUUGAGGUGGAUGGUAAUGCCGAAAAUGAUUCCACAGUGCAUCCACCAUUUGAAUUUUCAGCAGCUUCCCCUCCUUCUGUUAUUACUGAGGGCUCUCAUGGAGGUCCAUGGAGAAAGAAAAUUACCGAACUAGAUGGAACUGAAGAUGAGAAAGAUUUUCCGUGGUGGGUUCUUGAUUGUGUGUUGAAUAAUCGCCUUCCCCCCAGGGAAAAUACCAAAUGCAGCUUCUAUUUGCACCCAUGUGAAGGUUCUACUUUACAGAUCAUUAAGCAAGGAAAACUUAGCGCCCCUCGAAUUUUGAGAAUACAUAAAGUUGUCAACUAUGUCGUAGAAAAGAUGGUUCUUGAUAAGCCAUUAGAUAGUAUGAAUGUGGAUGAAACCUUUUCUCCAGGGAUGCCAGGAGGUCAGAUUCUACCCCCAGUUGGAGAUACUUCUCUCCUACCUGGACUCAAACCUAGGCAAAAUCUCAAGCCUUCCAUUGAAAUCUUGUGUAAUAACCAGGUACUAUCUCCUGACAUGAGCUUAGCCACUAGUGGUGCAGGGAUGGUGAUGGAUGACUUAAAGACUGGAAAUGGCAUAUGGUUGCGGAGUUACUUUGUGCACGUAAAAUUCGUGGGAAUUGUGCAUUCUUCAGGGAAUGCUUGCUGUGAUCAUAAAAUUAUUGUGCCUCUCCGUAAAUCUUGGAAACCAAUCAGAUGCCAAAUUUAG